CUAUGUAUAUAAAUACAGCCUCUCUCGAGGCUUUUCACGAAACCUAUCCACAAGAACUCAUCUUUCUUAACAACCCCAUCCAAUUGUUUUCAAUCCUUAAUUUCCUCGAUCGACCAGAAAUAUAUCCUAUAUCCAACCCUGUCUGGAGAUGGAUAGACUGCCAAAAUGUGGAGCAAAUUAUGUCCCUCUCACUCCCACCACUUUCUUGCUGAGGGCUUCCAAAUGCUAUGCCGACCGCAAAUCCGUCAUCUACGGCGGCGUCAGCUUCACGUGGCGCCAGACCUACGACCGCUGCUGCCGUCUCGCCUCCUCUCUCCGGGCUCUCAACGUUGUCAAGAACGAUGUUGUUUCGGUGUUGGCGCCGAAUGUUCCGGCAAUGUACGAGAUGCAUUUCGCGGUGCCGAUGGCAGGGGCGGUGCUGAACACCAUAAACACGAGGCUGGAUGCGAAGAACAUUGCCACCAUUCUCCGGCACUCGGAGGCGAAGGUGUUCUUCGUGGACUAUGAAUAUGUGGAGAAGGCCGGGAAGGCGAUGGAGAUGUUGAUGGAGGAGAAUACGCAAAUGCCCUUGGUGGUUGUGAUCGACGACGUGGAUACCCCCACCGGGAUCCGCCUGGGGGAGCUGGAGUACGAGCAGCUAGUACUCCAAGGGAAUCCCAACACGGCGCCGGAGGAGAUUAAUGACGAGUGGGAUGCGAUUACUCUGAGUUACACCUCCGGCACCACGUCGGACCCGAAGGGGGUGGUGUAUAGCCACCGGGGGGCGUUUUUGAGCACUCUGAGCUUGAUUUUGGGGUGGGAAAUGGGGACCGAACCGGUUUAUCUCUGGUCACUUCCGAUGUUCCAUUGCAACGGUUGGACUUUCACUUGGGGGGUGGCGGCGCGCGGUGGGGCCAACGUUUGUAUACGUAACACCGCCGCUAAGGAAAUGUACGACGCCAUAGCGGUUCAUAAAGUCACCCACAUGUGUUGCGCUCCUAUAGUGUUCAAUAUUCUCUUGGAGGCCAAGGCGCAUGAGCGCCGGAAUCUGGGCGCCCCGGUCCAGAUCCUGACCGGCGGGGCGCCGCCGCCGCCGUCGCUCCUCAAGAAAAUCGAGCAGCUGGGGUUCUACGUCGUGCACGCCUACGGCCUCACGGAGGCCACCGGGCCGGCGCUCGUGUGCGAGUGGCAGGGGAAAUGGAACCUUUUGCCCAAGGAGGAGCAGGCGGAUUUAAAGGCCCGACAGGGGCUUAGCAUAUUAACGUUGGCCGACGCCGAGGUUAUGUCGGACCUGAAAACCAUGAAAAAGGUGCCCCGAGACGGGAAGACCAUGGGAGAAAUCGUCCUCCGAGGUAGCAGUAUCAUGAAAGGCUACUACAAGAACGCCAAGGCGAAUUCCGAGUCUUUCGUGAACGGCUGGUUCGUCACCGGCGACGUCGGCGUCAUCCACCCCGACGGCUACUUAGAAAUCAAGGACCGGUCAAAAGACGUCAUCAUUUCCGGCGGAGAAAACAUCAGCAGCGUCGACGUCGAAAAAGCAAUCAUGAAACACCCCAACGUGUCAGAAGUCGCCGUCGUCGCCAUGCCGCAUCCCAGGUGGGGCGAAAGCCCCUGCGCAUUUGUAGUGGAGAAGUCGGCCGGAAAAUUGAAAGAAGCCGAAAUCGUGGCGCAUUGCCGGAAAACCCUGCCGGGAUUUAUGGUGCCCAAGAAAAUCCAAAUCGAGAAAGACUUGCCCAAGACUUCAACUGGGAAACCUCUAAAACAUCUGCUAAGGGCAAAGGCCAAAACUUUUGUGAUAUCGGAAAAUGUGAAUGAGCCAUCAACAAGCAGCAAAAGGUCAAACCAAGUCAACCGGGAAAAGCCAAGAUUUUACGAUCAACCACCGGAGCAAGUUCUUGCUAUAUCUCGUCUCUAAAUAAAUUAAACAAAUACAUGUAUGUAUAGAUAAACAAAAGCAUCAUCUGAUCUGAUCUGAUCCAAGUGUUUUGUUCUUUUCUUGUUUUAAUAUUGUUAGUAUGCACGUGUACGGUGUACCUUAUCUUUUAUGGCUGCUACUUUCGAGUAUUUCUCUAAACAAAUAAAUUCAUAUCAUCACCUGCUAAUUGGUGGUUUCAUU